AUGUCGAUUCUCCUCCGCAAGAUUGGGCAGACGGUCUUUCCCGAGAUCGCACCCGCCGUGCUCGCCUUCACGCUUGUAGCGGUGGCUGUCACGGUGGGCUGCGAAGUGUCGGGGUUCGCCCUGAAGGUUAACACGAUCAUGCUCAGCGUCCUGACGACCAUGCUCUCGUUCGCCGUCUCGCUGCGCACCUCGUCCGCCCUCGAACGCUGGAACGCGGGCCGUCAAGCCUGGUCGACCGUCUCGCUCGCCUCGCGCAACCUUGCAAGCAUGAUCUGGAUCCACAUUGGCGGCACGACGCUCGACGCGGCUGAGCAGGCAAAGAUUGAGCCUGGGAGCGAUGCCGACGAGAUCGAAAAGCUCAAGGCGCUCAUCGAGAAGAGGACGAUGCUCAACCUCAUCCAGGCUUUCGCCGUCGCCGUCAAGCACUACGUCCGUGGAGAGAACGGCGUGUAUUACGAGGACCUGUACGAGCUCGUCAAGCCGCUUCCCAAAUAUUCGUUCCCGUCCGGCAUCGACGACCCCUCAGGCAUCAGGCGCGACGUCGUUACGGGGCUCUGGCGCGCUCCCCUUCCCGACGGCUCGACCUGCAUUCCCAUGCCGGCUACGUCUGGCUCGGCGACACCCAUGGUGGGCACGAUGUCCUCGUCGGCGUUGAGUAGCCACAUCGACCUCGAGAAGGGCACCUUCGGCGCUGAAGAACUCGGCGAGCUGCGCAAAGAGCCCAAGAUCCGCAAGGUCCAGCUCCUUCCUGGCCACAACCCGCCGCCCUUCAGCAUCUACGACUACGCACCCGCCCUCCUCAUCUUCCGCCCGAUGCUGCGCGCUAUCGCUCGCGAGCACCGCACUCACAAGGUCGUCGCAUCCACCAACAUCCCACUCGAGAUCCAGCUCUUCCUCCACGGAUACAUCACUACCUGCAUCCGCCGCGGAACGCUAGCUGCUCCGCUGGUCGGUGUCGCCUUCGGCGCGCUCAACCAGCUCGGCGACUCCCUGGCCAUCUGCGAGCGCGUCCUCUCGACUCCCCUUCCCUUCUCCUACUCGGUCCACCUGCGCGCAACGGCCUUCAUCUACCUCCUCAUCCUCCCCUUCCAGAUCUACGGUUCUCUCGGUUGGCUCACGAUUCCCGCCCAGUUCAUCGCGGCGUGCGUCUUCUGGGGCUUCCUCGAGCUCUCUCGCCAAGUCGAGCAGCCCUUCGGCUACGACGACUCGGACCUCGACCUCGACAAGUACUGCGCGCUCAUCGCCGCCGAGUUGCAAGAAAUCGCCGCGCACUCGGCUCCCUCGCCUUCAUCAUUCACCUUCUCGCCUCUCAAUACCCCCUUCGGACCGUACGACACGCGUUCCGCACCCGAGAUCCUCGCCGACUUUAGCCAGACGCACGGCGGGACGAACCAAGCGGCGGUCAAGGGCGUUCCGGGGAUGCGGGCGUUCUUGGCGAGGAGUUAUCAUGAUUUGGAGGAGCGCGCGAGGGGAGAGAGGGAGGCGAGGAAGAGGAACAAGGCGGGGCCGAGGAGGAACACGGGCGACGACGGCAGGACGGUCGAAGUCUGCACGCUCUGA